AUGGCACCGCUCGCUGCAUUGAGAGCGACAGCUUCGGAGUUCGUUCACAUACUUCAGCAGACCGCAGGUUUGCGUAAAAUCCCCGGCUUUGACGCCAUCCAGCUCGUCGUCAUCGGCGGGUUUGCUGUGUACUCCCACACGCGUCAUCGGGAAACUGGAGACCUUGACUUUGCAAUCGACCCCCCGACCCUAGGAAGACCCCUGAAGAACGCACUGGUCGCGGAAUAUCCGUCUAUCUUUUCUUUCAACGCGGAAAGAUUUGUGAUGGCGCGCACAUCCGCACCCAUUCAGAUCGAUCUGGUACCCGCUACUCUGCUACCCCAGAGAUCCGUGUCGUUGACUCCGCUGAUGGCCAUAAAUCCACAGAUUGUGCCACAUCUGGGUCCGAUAGAUCUCAUCCUAUCAAAAUCGGUGUGCUGUGGCACACGCAGUACAGACAACGCCAACUUCCAGGAUACUGAUGAUGUGUGGAGGUUGAUAAAAAUGUUUCUAAUCCAUCGGAAUGGUGUCUUGACGGCAAGCCAGAUCAGAAUCAUGAGAGAUGCCGACAUAUAUCUUGUGACCAGUGCAGGCCAGUAUAGAUGGAUCAACGUGCUGCCCUGA